AUGCAUCCGCUACGGGAACGCGCGUGCGACGCGCUUCUAAACGACCCGACGCUACAGUCGCCGCCGCCCAUACCGGAGAAGCCGCGGCCACCGCGCGUGCGCAGGCCGAGGGAGUUCAAACUGCCUCCAAGAUUCCCUCUGCUCACCAUUUUAUUCUACGAAAAUUGGUGCAACCAUCAGAAACAGUUACAAAUGUCACACCACAAAGUGGACGAUAGCCCGCCGGAGUUGUUUCCCGAGCUGUAUCUGAAGCCGCGGAGGUUAAACUACUACGCGCGGCAGCUGGAGGAGAACAUGGUGGUCAACAAGGAUCUCCUGAAGAGAAUCAACUUGAUUCAAAGGACUGGGGGCUACGUGGACUGCUGGAUGCGGCCGGAACCGACCAAUAAGUACAACAAGCUGCUCUGCCAGCAACGACAGCGUGUCCUCGACGAAAUACGCAAGAAAAACCUCUACUUUUACUCCAGACUACUAACAGCCAGAUCUGAGCAGCCUCUCACAAAAGAAUUCGAUGAACUGUGGAAAGACACGAAACACAAACUUAUCUUGGGAGCUUCUUUACCAUUCAUUUUAUUCAAGACUGGAAAAAUAGACCGUGAUAUCAGAGAUCCUGCCUUCGAUAAACCUGACCAUGUGGUAAGAACGAAAGUUGCAAUGGAGAUCUGGGUGGCGGGUGGAUCCAAAAUCGGCCGAGUGACGAUCGAGCUAUUCAACGACCUGGCUCCAAAGACCUGUCAGCUGUUCCUGGCGCUGAUCAAGGGUGACGGGAGAGGACACGCCUACAUGGGAACCAGGUUCUUCAGGAUAGUUCCUGAAUUAUACUGCCGGGGCGGAGACGUGACCAAAGACAAUGGAUUUGGGUGUUACAUCCCUGAAGACGCACAAGAACCCAUGGGAGCCGAGAACUAUACAUUGAAGCAUACCGUACCUGGAGUAUUGUCCAUGGUUGUGAACAGCGACAACGAAGUUUGUGGCCAGUUCAACAUCAUAUUCAAACCUUUACCUCAACUUGACGGGAAAAACGUCGUUUUUGGGAGAGUGGUAGGCGGGCCAGCCCAAGCGCUAGAGCGUAUUAGCGCGCUAGGGCUGCCACUGGGCACCACCACGGCAGACUGCAUGAUCCGCUACGUGGGCUGGUACACGCGCACCGGCCAGUACCGCGAGGGCAACCCUAACACCAUCAAGUUCCCGCCGAGGAGGAAAGCAAAGAAGUGA